AUGUCUGAUUCCCAGGACGAAAGCGAACAGCGAAGCUCACUUGGGGUCAAUGAUACGAUUGAGAGCCUACGUCAGGAAAAUGAAACACUCCGCAGAGAUCUCGAAGAUUGUAAGGACCAGCUAUUCGAAGUCCUGCACAAAGGCAACGACAUUCCUGAGGACGACAUCAAAGCUGCGUUCUCCAGAGUCUACAGUGGCAUAGAUGCAUGGAUCGACGAGAUCACCUAUGAACGAGGCCACGAAGAGACUUUCAGGGCGCAUUUCAAAAAGAAAAUACAGGAUGGAUACGGCCUGGAGUCUCUAGGUUUCCAUCGUCGGUGUUACUCGAAUGUAGAAUGGCGUGUGAGGCUAAGCAAGCUGCCACACUGCUUCCACAUUAUCGUUUCGUUGAUCAUCUCCAAAUUCCUCACAGAUGAGGUAUUUCGCACGGCGAAACUUGAUCAAUGGCGACAUCUGUGCCCACAUGGUCUUUCAGACAACGAAAUCAACCUCUUGGUGCGAUUGCAGGAGGCGAUGCGGUCGAAAUUGAAUCGAGCUAAAUAA